CAAAACUAUUUUGGGUUAUUCGGUAAUUGCUACCACUGAGCUAUAAAGCUCAGUGAUUGCUACAUAUUUUUAUUUGUGUGUCUGUUUGUAACUGUAAUUGGUUAAUUUUGUUUUGGAACUAACAAGUUUUAUAAUGCCCAAGAGUGGUUCAGAAGCUAAAGACCUUGAAUUUAAUAUCAAUCAAACACGUGAAUCAGAAGAGGGAGAUGAAGACCUACAUAAAAGAUGCGAGGAAACUAUUUUCAAUGAGGAUCAAUACAAAAAUCCAAAUGAAGAGGAGGUCAAAGUGAAGAAAAAAGUUAACAUAAUCACAGAGGAGCCGAAUGAAACAACAGCAUUGAAGAAGGACUCUGAAGCAUCUGACUCUUUAGCAGAUAGGUCAGUAAUUAGCAAUGGUUUAGAGAAAUGUCUAACAAUGACUGGGACUGUCAAAAGAGGUAAAAAGGCUGGACAAAACCUAGAUGUUAGGUUGAAAAUAUCACGAGAAGAGCUGGAAAUGUUGGAUGCUAAUAUCGCUGCUAAAACUCAGCAGUCAUGCUUUACUUGUGGCUUGAUGGCUGGUCCUCAUGUUUUUCUAUGGACCUUACUUUGCUUCCCAGUUGCAGUAAUUGUAUCCUCUGUGUAUUCAUUUUACAUGGGAACUAUGAUGUGGUAUAAUGUGUUUACAUAUGUCACAGAAGAGGCAGGAAUCAUUUGGAGAAUUCUGCUUUCACCGUUUCUAAUUUUAUUUUAUCCACUUUUCAUUUUAAUUUGCUCACUCGGCCUGGGUUUUUAUGCUGGUAUUAUUCAAAUUUCUUGGUUUUAUGACAAUUGGAUUAAAAAAAUCACCGAUCUUGAGAAAGGAUUUUAUGGCUGGUUAUGUUCUAUUGUUCAUUUAGAAGACUGCUCGCCAUAUGAAGUUAUUAUACUUUCAGACAUUAAGAUACCCUUUAACACAGCAUCCCAAGACACAUUGGCGAACUAAUUUAUAAAACCCAUGAUUCACAUAUCAAACAACACUUGACAACUUGCAUAUAUUUUUUCUGUGACAGAUACAGGGCCUUCAUAAAGUCUGUUAACAAAUAAAUGUGUUUUGUUUAGAAUAAACUUUGACUAUUGUAUAAAUCAAGGAAAUAAGUUCCAUCCUAAAUUGUAUGUUUACUCAUGUACCUACAUAUAUGAAACUUCAAUUUUUUUGAAAAUAAUUUUAAUUCUUAGACAGUUAGUUUUGUCCAAUAGUUGUGGAACUUUGAAUGUGUCCUAGAUAAGACCCUUUUAAAAAUAAAAAUCAAUGAAGAAGAUACCUAUCACAAAUUUAUCAAUCGCUUUUAGUCAUUGUUAGAAGUCGUGGCUGUCCACAUAUGCAGUGUAUGGAAUGAUUGCUGGUGUAAUCUACUACGAGGUUUUUUUUUCUCCAAGAGGAAAUUUACAGUACCAAUAAAACAAGUAAAAGGGGUACUUGAAAAAUUGCAUCUAAAAUCACAAUUUCAUACCAGGGACAUAGCUAGAGUAUAUGGCGCCCUUGACGAAUAGCACUGGGUUGCAGCAGCAAAGGGGGGACAAGGGUUCUCCCCCGGAAUUUUGCAAUUUUAGAUGCAAAAUAGUAAGUUUUGGGUAUUUUAACAAGAAGUUUUUUUACAUAUAUCUCAUAGUAAUUUUAAAUGGUAAGAUUUGUGUGUUUUAGUUAGUUAUUUUAAUAUCUCAUAGAUUUUUUUUAUGGUAGCAUAGUUGCUGAAUAUUUGGCCACGACUAUUAUUUAAGAGUCUUCAGAAGUGCGGCGAUAUCAUUUUGUUGUCAAAAUAAAGGUAUGGCCAUUCUCUAGGGAAAUGUCUUUUUGUUAUUUUUUUAAACAAAUUCUAAUUCAGUGUAUUCUAAUUUUCCGUAAACAGUUAAAGCUUGUUUGAAAAAAAUAAAAAGGCAUUUCCCUAGAGAACAGUUGUACCUUUAAUUUGACACCAAAAUUAUAUUUUUACGACAACCUGGAAAGGCGUUAUGCGGUCUCAAGUUUAACAUUAGUCUUAUGGUACUAUCUUCAAGGUCGCGGCACUACUGAAGACUCCUUAAAAAGUCAAUUUACUUACGAAAAAUAGACAUAGGCCUAUAUAACUGAAAGUUGUUGGCGGCAUCAUCAUCAGUGUGAUAUACAUAAUAGUAUGUAUAGUUUGAAUCGGCACAACAGUGUUAGUUAAAUUUUUAACAGGUUUGCUGUUUUAUACCGUAGUGCAGCAGAGGCCGAUCCUUGAGCACACUACCUGUAGGUCUAUUGUCUAUUAAUAUAAGAUCAAUGACAACCAAAAAUUAAUAAAAACUUCAUAAGCAAUUUAAUUUUAAAGACAUUUAAAAAACCUUGUUACAAACAUAAACAAUAAAGCAGUCUGUGACCAGGUUAUGUUAAGCCCGUUUGUUGGGCUCCUUGUUGUCACUACUACCAUUGACUAUACAGGGUGUUUUUUUUAAGUGUGCCACCAU